CUGUCGGUGGCGUGCGGGGGGUUGCGCGCGGCCGGUCCACCACGCGAAAGGCCGCCUCCAUUCCUCCCCUCGCAUCUCAUCCCCGUCUCGCUCGAGCUCUCUCUCUCUCUCUGUUGGAGGCCACGGCCAGGCGAGGGAUUCGGUUCACGAGCUCCUCCUCCUCCUCCUCUUCCUCAACCCCGCCCGCCGAUCUUGCGACGCGCCGCCGCUAGCGGAGAUGCAAUAAUCCUAAGCGAGAAGCAUAUUUCAAUAGUCAAUAGAAAGGGCAUUGUUACACUGGAGGAACAUUGUGUUGGUGGUUGCUGAAUUUUGUGCACAUUCGUAGAUGGAGAGAUUAAGCACCAACCAGCUCUACAGUUCUGGAGUUCCUGUAACUGUGCCAACAUCCCUGCCUUCCAUACCAGCCUCUCUGGAAGAGAGCUUCCCAAGGCUUCCGGAUUCGCAGAAUGUUUUGAUAGAGAGAGAACUGAGGAGCACCCCAGUGCCACCUCAUCAAAACACUGUUGCUCCUAUCCGUGGUCAGUUUCACACCAGUACUGGAUCUGUUGGGCCUUUAUGUUCACCCCCGGCUGUAAGGUUCUCUUCGGUUUCAAACCCUGAGCAAUACUCCAAUCCCAGCCCUUAUAAUUCUCAAGCACCAAGUACUGCAAGUUCUUCAACGCUGAAUUAUGGAUCACAAUAUGGAGGCUUUGAACCAUCCUUGACCGAUUUUCCUAGAGACGUUGGACCAACCUGGUGCCCUGAUCCGGUUGAUAGCAUUCUUGGAUACUCUGGUGAUGUCCCUGGUGGGAAUAAUUUGACUGGGAGCACUUCUCUUGGAGCUUCAGAUGAUCUUACUAAGCAAACUGAAUGGUGGACUGAACUUAUGAAUGAUGAUUGGAAGGACAUUGUUGAUAACCCAGCUUCUGCAGAAACUCAACAGGUUGGACCACCUGCGCAAUCAUCCAUCUCAGUUCACCAAUCAGCUGCCCAACAAACAGUUUCAUCUCAAUCUGGAGAACCUAUGGCAGUUGUGGCACCCUCACCCACUGGUGGCUCCAAUACUGCCAAGGCACGCAUGAGAUGGACUCCUGAACUUCAUGAGCGCUUUGUAGAUGCUGUCAAUCAACUUGGUGGCAGUGAAAAAGCAACUCCUAAGGGUGUGUUGAAGCUGAUGAAGGCAGACAAUUUGACCAUUUAUCAUGUAAAAAGUCACCUUCAGAAGUACAGAACAGCUCGAUAUAGACCAGAAUUAUCUGAAGGCUCUUCAGAAAAGAAGGCGGCAUCAAAAGAAGAUAUACCAUCUAUUGACCUGAAAGGGAGCUUUGAUCUCACUGAAGCACUUCGUCUCCAGUUAGAACUUCAAAAGCGGCUUCAUGAACAGCUUGAGAUUCAAAGAAGUUUGCAGCUAAGAAUUGAGGAACAAGGGAAGUGCCUUCAGAUGAUGCUUGAGCAGCAGUGCAUACCAGGGGCAGAAAAGGCGACUGAUGCUUUAACCUCAGCAGAAGGAUCAAAGAUAUCGUCUGAGGUUCCGGAAUCUUCUACUGCGAAGGAAGUUCCAGAAACCAGUCAAAAUGGACUAACCAAGCAAACAGAAUCAGGUGAUACCCGAUGAAGUUGCAAGCAGGUUCCUCCCCAGCGUUGCCAUGAAAUGGGUUUGAUGAUCUGACUGGUUGUUUUCAAGCUUAAGUCGUUUUUGUCCUUUGGAGGGAACAGAUAUGAACUUUGCAAAGCCUGGCCAAGUGCGUGUAACUAGCGUUAGUUGUACAGUACCCACCAUCACGGUACCGAUGAAUCCCCGUGUUAUGUGGAUGAUGUAGGGUUCAGAGGAUAGCGCGAGCACAAUUGUCAGGGGUUUGACAUUCUUGCUUUUUCUCCUUUGUUAGGGAUCCAGUCAUCCAGUAGCAUCUGGUAGCCAUUUGAUUAUGGGCUAAUCCAAGUAUUUACAAUAAUAUUCAGCACCUCCUCUCUUGUUUAGAACAUGGCAUGGUACCAAAAAUAUGAUCAAGGAUUCAUUACCGUUGUACGAGAAA